UGUGGACGAUAGCUUGGUUUCCCUACCAACUGAAGCAGAGGCAAUUGAUUUGCUUCAACGAACACAGACAUCCCUUGCAAAAUCAAACCUCCGCUUACACAAGUUUGUAUCAAACUGUCAGGCAGUUGUAGAGGCCUUCCCACCCGAAGAUUGCGCCUCAGUAGUCAAGGACCUAGAUCUGAGCGGAGAAACAACACCCACACAACGGAGCCUGGGUCUGCUCUGGGAGAUUAGGACUGACACAUUCACCUACUCUGUGUCAAUUACAAUCAAACCCUUUACCCGACGUGGAGUUCUCUCCACGGUCAACAGUAUUUUUGAUCCCCUGGGUCUGCUGGCACCUGUCACAAUCCAGGGAAGAGCCCUCCUCCGGGAACACACUUCAGAACUGUCCGACUGGGACAUGCCGCUCCCAGAAGACAAGCAAAGAGGAUGGGAAUCCUGGAGAGAUUCACUCCAGGACCUAAAACAGCUCCAUGUUCCUCGAACAUACACAGUGAUCUCACCCACUAAGGCAGUGCACAAAGAGUUGUGUGUGUUCUCGGAUGCAUCUACCAAGGCCAUCGGUGCAGUGGCGUACCUGAAAGCAGUUCACGAAAAUGGGCAAGCCGAAGUAGGAUUUGUCAUGGGUAAGGCAAAGUUAGCACCCCAGUCUGAGCCUACGAUCCCAAGGCUUGAGCUGUGUGCCGCUGUCUUAGCAGUAGAGAUGGCAGAUCUCAUCAAAGACGAGCUAGACUUGAAGUGGGAUGCCAUCAAUUUCUAUACGGACAGCAAAGUAGUGCUCGGCUAUAUCUGUAAUGAGUCAAAACGAUUCUAUGCAUACGUCCACAAUAGAGUUUUGCGCAUUCGUCAGUCCUCAAAGCCUGAGCAAUGGCACUAUGUACGUACAGAGGAAAACCCUGCCGACCAUGCAUCAAGAUCCUUAUUAGCAAACCGCCUUGUACAAACCUCUUGGUUCACUGGACCCUCCUUCCUGCUCCAGCCAUCUUCAGAGGAAACGCAAUCAUGUGAGACAUUUGACCUAAUCGAACCUGAAAGAGACUCAGAAAUUCGAUCACAAAUCCAAACCUGUGCUACUUUCCUGGAAGAACCAAUACUAACCUCUGACCGCUUCCAACGCUUCUCCACCUUUGCCUCUCUACUAAGAGGAGUAGCAUUCCUGGUUCACAUGGCAAGAUCCUUCAAACACUCAAACCAAACCAGCAAAUGCAAAGGCUGGCACACAUGCAACUUAUCUCGUACUCCGGAGGAAAUGGACCAAGCAAGGAAUGUUAUCCUUAAAGCAGCACAAAGGAGAGGGUUUGCAAAAGACCUGACGGCUCUCAGAGUCAACAAAACGGUGUCCAAAAACAGUGCUUUGCUGAAACUCAGUCCAACCUUGGAGGACAACCUCAUCUGCGUUGGAGGCAGACUAAAGCACUCCAACCUCGCAACUGCAGUAAAGAACCCAAUAAUUCUGCCCAAGGAUAACCACAUCUCUCUACUUCUCACCCGACAUCACCAUGAGCGUGUGAAACAUCAGGGGCGUCACCUGACAGAAGGAGCGAUCAGAGCAGCAGGACUGUGGAUCUUGGGUGGCAAGAGAUUAAUCAAUUCAGUACUUCAUAAAUGCAUUAUCUGUCGCAGGCUAAGGGGAAAACUGGAAGAACAACGCAUGGCAGACCUGCCACCUGAACGUCUCAAAAUCUGUCCUCCUUUUACAUAUGUGGGGUUAGAUGUUUUUGGACCUUGGUCUGUCACAACCAGACGCACCAGGGGAGGACAUGCAGAGAGUAAGCGAUGGGCCAUCAUGUUUAGCUGUAUGAGUUCAAGGGCUGUACAUGUUGAGAUAAUCGAGUCGUUGGACACAUCCAGCUGCAUAAACGCUCUUCGGAGGUUCUUCGCAUUAAGAGGUCCUGUGAAACAGCUCCAAUCUGAUUGUGGUACCAACUUUAUUGGCGCAUGUAAAGAGCUUAGGAUGGACAAAAUGGUGCAGAAGUACGUCAGCGAGCAGGAGUGUAGCUGGGUAUUCAACCCACCACAUGCUUCUCAUAUGGGAGGUUCAUGGGAACGCAUGAUUGGCAUUGCCAGAAGGAUCCUCGAUUCAAUGUUCCUUCAGCAAAACAUUCGACUGACACAUGAAGUGCUUUGCACACUAAUGGCAGAGGUCACAGCCAUCAUUAAUGCACGACCUCUCGUACCUGUGUCUACGGAUCCUGACGCCCCCUUCAUACUCUCGCCGUCAAUGCUCCUUACACAAAAGACAGGAGUUCCACCUCCACUUGGAGACUUCUCGGACAUGGACCUGUACACAAAGCAGUGGAGACAAGUCCAGGCUCUUGCCAACCAGUUUUGGACCCGUUGGAGCCGUGAAUACUUACCUUCCUUACAACACAGACAGAAAUGGACAUUGGCCCGUAGAAACCUUCAAAUUGGAGAUCUCGUUCUGCUUAGGGACAAGCAGAAUUGCCGCAAUUGCUGGCCUAUGGCAAGGAUUAUCGCCACGUUCCCUGGAAAGGAUGGACAUGUAAGAAAGGUUGAGGUGAAGACAACUGACCAAGGCACUAUGAAGACCUUUCUUAGACCAAUUACGGAGAUUGUUCUACUUCCACCCAAGGACUGA